CUUUUUCAAGAAAUUAUCUUCUGAAUUUUCAGGAAGUGAUUGUAUUGUGCUUGUAAUUCACAAACUGUGAUUCUGUAAGCGUAAACGAGAGUAUCAAAGCUGUCCAAAAUGACGGUGGACGGAGACGAGAAACCGGAACGCGAUCGCGUUUUCAUGGACAUAACGAUCGGAGGCCUACCGUCCGGCCGGAUUGUUUUUGAGCUGUACAACGAUAUUGCGCCUAAAACCGCAGAGAACUUCCGCGCUUUGUGUGCUGGGGACGCCGGGAUUGGGAAAGUUACAGGAAAACCUCUCACCUAUAAGGGUAUGCUGUUCCAUCGAGUGGUGAAGGAUUUCAUGAUCCAAGGAGGAGAUUUCACCAAUUCCAAUGGAACUGGCGGCGAGUCCAUUUAUGGAGGCACCUUUGAAGAUGAGACAUUUGAGCUUGUUCACGACAGGCCAUAUCUGUUGUCUAUGGCUAACAGAGGCAAGGACACCAAUGGCUCACAAUUCUUCAUAACCACACAGCCGGCGCCUCAUCUCGACAAUGUCCACGUAGUAUUCGGAGCGGUGGCGAGCGGCGCGAUGCUGGUGCGGCAGCUGGAGGCUCUCCCCGUCGACCGCAACUCGCGCCCUCUGCAGGACGCCGUCGUCGCGAACUGCGGACAACUUGUGCGGCUGAAAGCCAAGAAACGUAAAGAUAAGAAGAGUGAGGAAAGCGAAGCGGAAUCUGAGAAGUCGCAUAAGAAGGAGAAGAAACGAAAGAAGGAGAAGAAAGAAAAGAAGAAGAAACGUCACCAAUCUGCAUCAGCAGACGAGGGUGAAAUAACGGAACCCUCUCAUCCGCUUGUGCAGACCUCGAAAAUAGACCCCCGCGAGAUCCCAGAGGUCCCCACUAACAGGUUCCUAAUGCGAGGGGGCAGGGACAACGAGAGAGACAGGGAUAGGCCUGACCCUAGAAGGGACAGAGAGAGGAUGCGUUACCGUGAAAGGGACCGCCACAACGCAUACACCCGCAGUGGUAGGAUGAUCAAGGGACGAGGCGUCUUCCGGUACCGCACGCCUUCCCGCUCCCGGUCUCGCUCGCGCUCGGCGACCCCGCCGCACUGGCGCCAGGCGCAGCGGCGCAUCAUCAAAUUAUCCGAGUUUGAGCGAUCGGAACAGGAGCGCGCAGAUAGGGAGCAGGAAGCGAAAAAUAAGCCGAGCAGACUGGACCCCAAACAUACUCGCGAGCGCGCAGUGUCAGGCGGCACCCCGGAGGGACCUUUUGAAGAAAAAGAAGAGGGCGAAUGCGAUACUACUCUUGAACGUUCACGUCACGAGAGAAUCGACUAUAACGCCUUGGACUUCGAAGAGGACAUAGAACAUGAUGAAGCGCCUGCGCAUGCGCCCUUGCACUUGCGCGCGCAGCCGCCGCGCCGGCGCCGCUCGCCGCGCGCGCCCGACUCGCGCGCAGACAUGCUCGCCAAGGCGCUAGGCGUGGAUCCUAAACACGACCAGAGGGAGCUGGACUCGCGCCACCCUCGCCGCCGCUUCGGCCCCGCCUCCACCGUGGUGGCCGCCGCCCCGCGCCUCUCCUCCGCCGUGGUCGCCGAACCCCUCCGAGCCAAGGCCGAACCCCUCCGAGCCAAGGCCGAACCCCUCCGAGCCAAGCACGCCCAGGGCCAGGAGAAGACACCGGCAGACGGGGAGUAUGACCCCUUCUCCAUGCUGAGGAGCACCUUCCAGGCUAACAAGCCCAAGGAACCGCCCAGCUCCGCCGUGGUCGCUGAACCCCUCCGAGCCAAGCACGCCCAGGGCCAGGAGAGGAAACCGGCGGACGGGGAGUAUGACCCCUUCUCCAUGCUGAGGAGCACCUUCCAGGCUAACAAGCCCAAGGAGCCUGCCAGAAAAGAAGAACGACCUGAACCCCGUCGCGAACGACACCAAGAGAAAGAGAAAGAACGCGAACAUAAAGAAAAAGAACAAGACAAGCCAAAAGAGAGAGAAGAUAGGCGCGACAGGCACAGGAGCGAGAAAGACGACAGGGAAAACCGCAAUGAUCGCAAAGACAAGAGGGAAGAGCGCAGCGAACGUCGCUCGCGUUCUAAAGAGAGAGACAGAACCAGAGAUCGCAGUGAGAGAAAGACAGAGAAAUCAGAUGAUAGGAGGAAAGAUAGUGAGAGCGGUAGGCGCAGCGGAUCCCGUGACAAGGACAGAAAGAUUGACAGAGAUAGAAAAGGCAGUAGAUCCAAUGACAGAGUGAGAAGGGAUACGGAACGCAGCGAGGAAGACAGGAAUAGAAAACGAAGCAAGUCCAACGAUCGGAGAGAUAGGAGACGUAGUUCUAACGAAAGGGACAGAAAGCGCAGCAGGUCCCUCGAGAGGGAAAGAGACAGGAAACGCAGCAGAACCAAUGAUAGGAGAGUGAGGAGGGAUACGGAGCGCAGCGGGACGCGGGAAGGGGACAGAGAUAGGAGUGAGAGGAAGAGGCGAUCCAGAUCAAAGUCCAGAAGCAACUCGCCGUCUCGGCGCGGCAAGCGUUCUGCCUCGGGAGGCAAGUCCCCGCCGCAUGACAAGAAAAAGGAGGAGGAGCGGGACGAAGCUCGCAAAGAGCUGAUGGAGAUCGUACGACUCAUUAAGUCGCGCCAGAAGGAUCGAGAAUCCAAAGCCCAAGAAGUUCAAAAGAAAAGGCGGUCGGGCUCCUCCGCGUCGGACCGCAGCCCCAGCCCACGCCGGCGGUCGCCGUCGCCGCGCCGCCGCCGCUCGCGCAGCCCGCGCCGACGCCGCUCCGAGGACCGAUAG